AUGAUCGGAGUGGCUGCUCAGAUACAACGCCUUGCUUGCGCAGUCAUCUCCAUAAUGAUCGACAACUUGCGUCUUGCCGGUGGAUCUAGCUCGAUACUGCCCCCAACAUGGGAGAUGCAUGGACUAGCGCAAUCGUCGUGGAUUGAGGAUUAUCGCGUUCACCGCGCGCUUUGGUGUCUGCAAGUAUUCUCCGACCUUCGUCGCGCCACAUCUUCUGAGCCUGUACAGUCAAAUGACCCGCAGGGAUCAUCCUGGGGCGGCUGGAACUGGAGUCAAAUUGAGAUCGAAAAGAGUCUACUCUAUGCCCCCCUGGGAGAUAUGCGUCAAGUUGUGAAAGAGGAGAUUCAGACAGUUGCACACGUUCUUCAGAAUCUAGUGGCGUCGAACCAGGUCUACUUUUCCCUUGACGAGCUCUACCUCCCAUAUUCCCGUCAUUGGAGAUGA